ACAAACUCAGUCUGUAUUUUGCUAUGCUGCAUGGGGCAUGACUUUGCGUCGGAUAGGUUAUCAAAACUCUCAGAUAGAAAUAGUCAAAACUUGUAGUAGCUGUAAACUAGUUGUAGUAGUUUUAUAACUCCUCGACAAGACUUAAGUUCUUGUUCAGUCUUUGUUUUGUUCACGUGUAUGUCUUUGUAAACUCUGAACCGUAAUGGAGUACAUUGAACAAACGGAUGAAGAUCAGCUCAUCGAGUAUGCAAUUCAAUUGAGCCUCCAAGAUGCUUGCGGCUUCUCUAUUUUGAAUAACCCACUAAGCACUUUAGAAACAAUCAGCGAUGAAAACCUCAAGAUUUUAUCUGCAAUAAAGCAAGGUGAUGUUCUUGCACUAAAGCAACUGCAUAAGUGCAGCAAUGCCUUUAAGGAAAGAGACAGCAGGGGUUGGCUACCUUUGCACAGAGCUUCAGUCCAGCCAGAUGCACGUGUGCUGGAUACUGUCCUUAUGGCGUCCUAUGAGCUGAGUAUGGAGGAGGUGACAGGUGAUGGAGAGACCGCUCUGACUCUGGCUUCUCAAGCGGGGCAUUUGGAGAACGUGAAGGUUCUGCUCCAGCACGGAGCUUCUCCACAUAACACCAACAGCAAAAAUGAGACUCCACUUCUUCUGGCUGUAAGGACAGGCUCAUAUGAUAUGGUUGAAACGCUCAUUAUGGGAGGAGCCUUCGUGGAGCAGGUGUGUUUAAAGAAGAGGACGGCCACCCAUGAGGCCGCUAAGGUGGGUUGUGCGGACAUCCUAAUGCUGUUGCUGAGACACGGGGGAAAGGUCACGGGUCAGGACGGGCACGGGGUAACACCAAUGGGCAUCGCUGCAGAGUACGGCCAUGCUGAUAUACUGGCUAUACUCAUCGAAAACGGGGGCGAUGUUAAUGCUCAAGCUUCCAAUGGAGACACUGUGCUAUAUGAUGCAGCAGGCUCUGGAAACCUGGACUGCAUUGAUCUCCUCUUACAACACGGUGCUAGUCCUAAUGUAGCCAGCCUUUGCUCUCAACUUCCCAUUCACCGUGCAGCCUAUGAAGGGCACUAUCUAGCUCUGAGGACCUUCAUUCCCAUUACCACUAAAAGAGCCAUUCGUCUGUCUGGGAUAAGUCCAGUUCAUUCUGCAGCAGAUGGAGGUCACGUUGACUGUCUAGAGAUGCUGAUCGAGAAGGGCUUUGAUAUCAACCCCAUCCUAGGCUAUCAUAUCUCUGAAAACUAUGGUGAUAUGAGGAAAACUCCGCUGUACUUUGCCAUCUGCAAUGGAGAUGUCACCUGCACAGAGCUGCUUCUGAAAGCAGGUGCGAAAACGGAAUUGGACCCUCUGCGCUCUCUCCUGGUGGCAGUCAGGGCUGGGAGUUACGAGUUGGUGCGGUUGCUUCUCGCCCACGGGGCGGAUGCUAACUGCAUCUUCUCUGUCAUCAGUGACACAAUAUUUCCCACGGCACUGCAGUACUGCCUCAAGGAUGAAAUGAUGCUGCGUCUGCUCCUUAACAAUGGUUACCACGCAGAGAGCUGUUUCGAGUGUUACCAUGACAACUGUGCAGCAUCAUACACAUGGGCAGAUUUUCAUAGCCAGGCAUACGAAAUCAAGAGUAAUCCGAACAAAGUAACUUUUUGCGAGUUCAUUAGCUUGGUAUCCAUGGUGCAUUUGGCGGGAAGGUUGGUCCAAACUCUCCUGGAUUACGUGAGUCACGUGCACAUUUGCUCCACCCUCCAACGUAUUCUGGAGAAGCAGGAGGAGUGGCCCGACAUCUGUGACAUCCUCCGAAACCCAAGGCCCCUGAAACACCUGGCCAGGCUGGUUAUCAGGACACAGAUGACACUCAGAAGACUGAACAAUCCAGAGUUCAUGCGCACUGUUCCUUUCCCCCCAGCACUGAAGAACUGCCUGAUUUACAAAGAAUAUGAUGUUUAUGGUCAAAUUGUUGAACAUUAGAUUCCAGUGAUUGUUUUCUUCUUAUUAUUUAGUUUUGUAUAUGUAUUUGAUUUAAUUUACUUGGAUGAAAAAUUGUUGUAACAGUGACAUUUUGUGGAUAUAUGAUUAAGGUUUGUUUUGAAAUAAUAUCAUGAUUAUGUCAGUUUCAUAAGUUAAUGGGUGAAUCUCACAAAACCUGUCAAGAACAUGUCCAAGUCUCAUUUCAGCCUUAAUAUUAAAGCCUAUUUUAAAACCAUCAAGACUUAAAAGAUAAUUGACAGUGUUCGUGAGAUUCACCCAUACAGUCUAGUGCACAAAUAUAUAAUCUGCAUCUAAUAAACCUCUUAGACCUGAAACAGUUUGAAAACACAAUUGUUACAGAAAAGUCACUUGCUGUCAUUUUAUAUUUAUCACAUGCUAAAACAUUUCUGAUAAUAAAUGUUACACUGUUUCUUUAACCACAACAAUAUGACAUACGGAUGAU